UAGCGACAGGAGACUUGGAGGAGUAGGCGGGAGGGACGCCGAGAGCCUAGUCGAGAACCCCCUCCCCAGCCCGCCGCGGAGAAGCAGCGCCGACCUCCCCAUCAUGGCGGCCGCGGGCGGGGAAGCCGAGCCGUGCGUCGCGUGCGUGCCUCCUCCCUCCCCUCCCCCUCCUCGGCGGCGGCCGCGGCGGCAGAGGCGGCAGCGCUCGCCAUUGCCGCUGGUGGCAGGAGGCUGCGAGGAGCCGGCGCGGUCGCAGUCUCCACGGCGCAGGCCCACGGUAGCGCAGCCGCUCUGAGUAGAUCUUCAUGGAGGAACACGGAGUAACCCAAACUGAACACAUGGCUACCAUAGAAGCCCAUGCAGUGGCCCAACAAGUACAACAGGUCCAUGUGGCCACUUACACUGAACACAGUAUGUUAAGUGCUGAUGAAGACUCCCCUUCUUCUCCUGAGGACACCUCUUAUGAUGAUUCAGAUAUCCUCAACUCCACAGCGGCCGAUGAGGUUACAGCCCAUCUAGCUGCUGCAGCGGUGCUGGGGAUCAAACCCAGGGCUUCACGCAUGCUAGGUCCUGUGGGAAUGGCUGCUGCUGCUGCUGUGGCAACAGGAAAGAAACGGAAACGGCCUCAUGUGUUUGAGUCUAAUCCAUCUAUCCGGAAGAGACAACAAACACGUUUGCUUCGGAAACUUCGAGCCACGUUAGAUGAAUAUACUACUAGAGUGGGACAGCAAGCUAUUGUACUUUGUAUCUCACCCUCCAAACCCAACCCUGUUUUUAAAGUGUUUGGUGCAGCACCUUUGGAGAAUGUGGUGCGAAAGUACAAGAGCAUGAUCCUGGAAGACUUGGAGUCUGCUCUAGCAGAACACGCCCCUGCACCACAGGAGGUUAACUCAGAAUUGCCGCCUCUCACCAUCGAUGGGAUUCCUGUCUCUGUGGACAAAAUGACCCAGGCCCAGCUUCGGGCAUUUAUCCCAGAGAUGCUCAAGUACUCCACAGGUCGAGGAAAACCAGGCUGGGGGAAAGAAAGCUGCAAGCCUAUCUGGUGGCCUGAAGAUAUCCCGUGGGCAAAUGUCCGGAGCGAUGUCCGCACAGAAGAGCAAAAGCAGAGGGUUUCAUGGACACAGGCACUACGGACCAUAGUUAAAAACUGUUACAAACAGCAUGGGCGGGAGGAUCUUUUAUAUGCUUUUGAAGAUCAACAAACACAGGCUACCACCACACACAGUAUAGCCCAUCUUGUACCGUCACAGACUGUAGUGCAGACCUUUAGCAACCCUGAUGGCACUGUCUCGCUCAUCCAGGUUGGUACAGGGGCAACAGUGGCCACCUUGGCUGAUGCUUCAGAACUGCCAACCACAGUCACUGUUGCCCAAGUGAAUUAUUCUGCUGUGGCUGAUGGAGAGGUGGAACAAAAUUGGGCCACAUUACAGGGAGGAGAGAUGACCAUCCAGACGACGCAAGCAUCAGAGGCAACCCAAGCGGUAGCAUCAUUGGCAGAGGCCGCAGUGGCAGCUUCGCAGGAAAUGCAGCAGGGAGCUACCGUCACCAUGGCACUCAACAGUGAAGCUGCCGCCCAUGCUGUCGCCACCCUGGCCGAAGCCACCUUACAAGGCGGGGGACAGAUCGUCCUGUCUGGGGAAACCGCAGCAGCCGUUGGAGCACUUACUGGAGUCCAAGAUGCUAAUGGCCUGGUCCAGAUCCCUGUGAGCAUGUACCAGACUGUGGUAACCAGCCUCGCCCAGGGAAACGGGCCUGUGCAGGUGGCCAUGGCCCCUGUGACCACCAGGAUAUCGGACAGCACAGUCACCAUGGAUGGCCAGGCUGUGGAGGUGGUGACAUUGGAACAGUGACAUGCAGCCGUAUCAUGGCAUCGUUUUCUAGUCUACUUCAAAAUUUUUUACGCGUUUGCAGAGGUGCAAUCAAAUGGAAUUAAGUCUCUCGACUUUGGAAGAAAAGUUUUGUUAACCUUUUUUUUUAAAAGGAAGAAAGGCAGCGGAUUUUGGAAUUGCAUUUUUUUAAAGCACCACUCUUGAUUUUCUGGGAUUGGUGGAGUAAGAAACUGCAUUGUCAAUUUCACUGUCCCGAAAAAGCCAAAUUGUGGCAGGACUUCUUUCUGCGGAAACGUGUGUAUACUUAUGUGUGUGUAUGUGUGAGUGUGAAUAUAUGUAUAUGUGUACAUAUGGACAUACACAUUUACAUAUAUAUAUAUAUAAAGUCUAUAUAUACAUACAUAUAUAUCUGUAUAUAUAUGUAUGAAACCGCAUGGAAUUAUCUGUAUGAAAUCAAGGUGAGCUGUGGAAACAAUUAUCCACCCAGUUUAGUGGGUGGUAGGGUACGUGGCCAGACACAGUCACCUGGUUUUUGUUCAUACCAGGGUUAUGCGUUGAGCUACUGACAAACUCAGGCAGAGGUGACCAUGCCCUUCACCAAAGCUGCCUCCCAGUGGCCACCGAGAACUCUCCCUGCUGGACUCACCUGAGGAAGGAGGUUCCAGGAUGCAGUGGGAUCCAGAAAGUGCUUGCAAGAUCCAGGGAUCUCAUGGUCUGCCAGCUGAGACACUCCUCGGGCUGGCCCAGGUGCUGACCUUGCCACAGGCAGGUGAAUGUCCUAAAGUUCCAACCAGGGACAUAAGGGUUUUCCUCAGCUUCCCAUCUCCUCCACAUCCCAGGAAUCCUUCUUGAUCUUAUGACCAUUAAAGAGUUGCUUUGGUCUUAAGGUCAGUCCUGAAUUGGUCAUGUUUGUGAACUGAAGGUAACAGAAGUAUUAAGGGUCUGAGGAGUGUGCGUGCUAAGCGUGCUUGUGAGUGUGCGCGUGCAUGGUGGGGGAGAGAAUGGGAAGAGGUGGAGGAGUUGGAGGGGAAAGGAAGAAGGGAGAAAGUCUUCAUAGACCAAGGUCCACCAGUGGGAGCCAUUUCCUUUCCUCCAGCUGUCCGUAGCUAGAGCUUAACAGAGGAGAUUCUGCAAUGAAAAGGGACACCUGGCUCCGGAAGGAUGGCCGUCACAAUGGGACCUGUCAGAAGAGAGAGGGCCUCACACCUGGAUCCGGCCCCGCUUCAGGAUGGCUUUGUGAGGCCCGUUUUCCUGGUGUGUCCUAGUGGCCCAGGCCCUGCGUGGCUUCCCUGCUCACAGGUGUCGAUUGGCCUGGGUGAUAUUUGUAAGUUAAAUUCUGUGCUUCCCUAGCUGCAAGCCCUGAGUCUCCUGUGGCUAAAUUUACCUGACUUUUCGACAGGCCUAAUCCCUGCUCCUUGAGUGCAGGGACAACUCUUCCUUCCUCCUCCCAUGUCCCCCCAUGUGUGAUAGUGUAUUUAAUGUUUUUUUUUUUUUUAAUGCGACAUUAAAAGAUUCUUCAUGUCUUGCUCAGCCUUUGAGAAAAGUUUCAGAUUCUUGUAUUUGCUUGUUUUAUAUAAAACUAUCCAAUGUUCUUUGUAUGUUCUUUUCUGUACGUAAUGGGUGGGAGGGAGGGAAGGGAAAUUUACAUAUGAACAGUCCUAGUUCUACAAUUUGUUAUUUUUUUAAUUAUUAUUUUUUAUCAUCAUUGUGAAGCUGUCCAGGGGCUUUAAAGUCCGUGUUCCUUUGUGGUGAAAUAACCUCCUAAUAGUUUGAAAAAUUGCCAAGAAGAAGAUAAAAGCAAAAUCCCAGUAGCAGAGCAUGGAUUCUGUGUUGUUUUCCAUUCUGUCUAUACUGCCUCAUUCAAUAAAUAGUUAAAAAUGUG